AUGUCGACCGUAGCUUCGCCAUCUUCAUCCUCUUGGAGACAAGCGGCUGCAGCCAAGCUCAAGUCUCGUUUUGCCAGCAUCCCUUCAGAGUGGCACCUGCCAGCAUCGAUUCUCAGCGACAUUAACGAGAAGAGUGGAACAGAUGUGCGUUCCAUCCCUGCCUCAUGCGGUAUCUUGAGCGCGAGCGAGCUUGAGAUUACCGAAACCCCCGUCGCCGAACUUCUCGUCAAGCUACAGUCUCGUGACUGGACUUCGGAAGCGGUCACCACGGCCUUCUGCAAACGGGCCAGCAUUGCACAUCAACUCACCAACUGCCUCACCGAGAUCUUCUUUGAUGAAGCCAUUUCUCAAGCUAAAAAGCUUGACGAGCAGUACGAGGCUACGCGCAAGCACGCAGGUCCACUCGCAGGUCUGCCCAUCAGUCUCAAGGACAACUUCAACCUAAAGGGCAAAGACUCCAAUAUCGGUUUUGUCGCGUGGAUCGGCGAUGCCUCAGACCACGAUUCGACGCUCGUGACUAUCUUGCGCGAGCAGGGUGCCGUGCUGUACUGCAAGACGGCAACACCGACCGCAAUGAUGAUUGCCGAGACUGUUUCGAAUGCCAAUGGUCGUACACUCAACCCAGUCAACACGAGGCUGACGCCUGGUGGUAGCUCGGGUGGUGAAUCAGCGCUGCUUGCGAUGAAGGGCAGUCCGCUUGGUGUAGGAACCGACAUUGGUGGCAGUAUUCGCAUUCCCUGUUCGUUCACAGGUCUGUGGGGUCUCAAACCCUCUUUUGGACGCUUCCCCACCGGAAAGUGCAAGAGUGGGUUGGCUGGUCAGGAGGCUGUAUUGUCCAUCAACGGACCCAUGUGCAACGACUUUCAGGGACUCGAGAUUUUCGCAAAGACGGUGGUAGAUACAGAACCGUGGCUUUCGGACCCCAAGUGUCUUCCUAUUCCCUGGACACCUGUCGCUACGGCUGCUUCGUCGCUUCCUCGUUCACUCACCUUGCUCAUGUUGACGGACAAUGGCAUUGUGACACCUACGCCGCCGCUUCAGCGCGCCAUGAAGCAUGCAAUUGCUAAGCUGCGUGCAGCAGGUCACAAUGUUAUCGAGUGGGACGCUUCGAGCAACGCUGCAGAUGCAGAACUGUUCGCACGCGGCGAGCAUUAUAUCGCGGCGUUCUUCCGUGCCGAAGGCGGAGCCACUUUACACUCGAUCAUGGAGGCCUCGGGCGAGCACGUCGACUGGGUUAACGGUCUUGCCAGAACCGAUGCUAGCUACGAGCUGAGCGUCAAACAAAUGUGGCAGCUACAGGCCAAACGCAACGCAUGGCAAACAGAGCUGCUAUCACGCAUUCAACAAGUCGCUGGCGUCAAGCACUUUGACGCCAUAGUAAGUCCUGUUGCCGCUGAAGUGUCAACUUCGCAUGAUGCCUACCAUCAUAUCUUUUACACUGGCUGCUGGAACAUGAUGGACAUGCCGGCGGUUGUUAUGCCGCUCCAGAACUUCAGUGUCGACAAGAAGCUGGAUGCGGUGCCCGCCGACUUCAAAGUCAAGAGCGAAAAUGAAGCCCAAGUGUGGACUCAGUACAAGGUGGAGGAGGUGCACGGUCUGCCCAUAUGUCUGCAGGUGGUGGGCCAGCGGCUGCGAGACGAAAACACGCUGGCGGUCGCGAAGAAGAUUUACGAUGACUGUAAAUAG